GUUUCGUUGAGUUGAGCCCGCAUCUGCAGGUGCUCCAGCCAGCCGUGACUCUGUGAGUUGGAAAUUGGAAGUGAAGCGUCAAGGAGUAUGCAGAGAGAGAAACACAAACCUACUAUUCUCCCCUCCUCCUCCUCAACACCACCAUUUUCUCAUUUUUCUGAUUCAAUUUUUUUAUGCAAACAGUAGGCUUUGAACCUUUUUUCUUACUCCCUCAAAUCCAAAUGCAAUCCAUUCUCGUGAACUGAAGAAUUGGGUGGUCCUCCUCCUUCCUCAUCCAUCCAAUGCCCCAACAAAGAAGAAGAUGAUGAGAAAACCCAAACCCAUUGCCAUUAUCUGUUGUAUCAACCACCCACCUGAGCCCUUUCUCUCUCUCCUCCUCCUCAUCAAACCCUUCUCCUCCUCUUCCACCAUUGCCGCUGCUUCUCCUUCUCUUCCUCCAGUCCCCGAACAGCCACUGGAUCUCUCCUCCCAGCUCUUCGCCAUUCUCUCCCGCCCCAAUUGGCAACGCCACCCUUCCCUCAAGAAACUAAUCCCCUCCAUUUCCGCUUCCCACGUCUCUUCCCUUUUCGCUCUCAAUCUCGACCCCCAGACCGCCCUCGGCUUCUUCAACUGGAUCGCCCUCAAACCCGGUUACAGGCACACCGUCCAUUGCCAUUCCUCCUUGCUCAACAUUCUGAUCCCCAAUGGGUUCUUCCGGGUCGCCGAAAAGAUCCGAAUUUCGAUGAUCAAGGCUUCCUCAGAAUUCGAGUUCAAGCUCACUGUCAGGUGCUACAAUUUGCUCCUAAUGUCAUUGUCUAGGUUUUCCUUGUUUGAAGAUUUGAAAACUCUGUAUUUGGAGAUGUUAGACGAUAUGGUUUCGCCGAAUUUGCAUACGUUUAAUACCAUGAUCAAUGCUUCCUGUAAAUUGGGCAAUGUGGCUGAGGCAGACUUGUAUUUUAGUAAGAUAGGGCAGGCGGGCUUGCGCCCUGAUACGUUUACGUACACUUCUUUGAUUCUGGGACAUUGUAGGAAUAAGGAUGUGGAUACUGGCUAUAGGGUUUUUAAGCUAAUGCCGCACAAGGGUUGUCAAAGAAAUGAGGUUUCCUAUACUAAUUUAAUACAUGGAUUUUGUGAGGUAGGUCGGAUUGAUGAGGCUUUCAAGUUGUUUUCUCAAAUGGGGGAGGAUAAUUGUUUUCCAACUGUGCGUACAUUUACCGUUCUUAUUUGUGCAUUGUGUAAAUUGGGAAGGAAAUUAGAAGCUAUGAAUCUAUUUAAAGAGAUGACGGACAAGGGUUGUGAACCAAAUAUUUAUACUUAUACCGUGCUCAUUGAUAGUAUGUGUAAGGAAAAUAAGCUUGAUGAGGCUAGAAACUUGCUAAACAAGAUGUUGGAGAAAGGGUUGGUUCCUAAUGUUGUCACCUACAACGCAAUGAUUUAUGGGUACUGUAAGGAGGGAACAGUUGAGGCUGCACUUGAUAUUUUGGCUUUGAUGGAGUCAAGUAAUUGUUGUCCAAAUGCUCGAACAUUCAAUGAAUUGAUUUCCGGGUUUUGUAAAAGGAAAAAUGUAUACCAGGCAAUGACACUGCUUAAUAAGAUGCUUGAUCGGAAGCUCUCGCCAAGCCUAGUUACAUAUAAUUCAUUAAUCCAUGGGCAGUGUAAGAUAGGCCAUUUGGAUAGUGCUUAUAGGUUGGUUAAUUUGAUGAAAGAUAGUGGUUUGGUUCCUGACCAAUGGACUUACAGUGUUCUCAUAGACACUCUCUGUAAGAGGGGGAGAUUGGAAGAAGCUCAUGCCCUGUUCGAUUCUCUCAAAGAGAAAGGCAUAAAGUCAAAUGAAGUGAUCUUUACUGCUUUGAUUGAUGGUUAUUGCAAGGUUGGGAAAGUCAGCGAUGCCCAUUCCUUGCUUGAUAGAAUGCUUGCAGAAGACUGUUCGCCAAACUCGUACACUUACAAUACCUUGAUAGAUGUGUUGUGCAAAGAAAGAAAACUGAAGGAAGCACUAUUACUGGUGGAAAAAAUGUUAAGUAUUGGUGUGAAACCUACGGUAUCUACUUAUACAAUUCUAAUUAAGCAAAUGUUGAAAGAAGGGGACUUUGACCAUGCUCAUAGGCUUUUCGACCAGAUGGUGUGUUCUGGUAAUCAACCUGACCUAUUUACUUACACUACAUUUAUUCAUGCAUAUUGCGGCAUAGGGAAUGUAGAAGAGGCAGAGAAGCUGAUGAUUAAGAUGAAUGAAGAGGGAAUUAUAGCAGACUCAUUGACUUAUACAUUAUUAAUUGAUGCAUAUGGACGUAUGGGAUUAAUUGAUUUGGCAUUUGAUGUUCUUAAGCGUAUGUCAAAUGCUUGUUGUGAUCCUUCUCACUAUACCUAUGCCUUUCUGAUCAAACAUCUUUCGAAUGAAAAGUUAAUGAAGACAAACAAUAAUAUAGUGGGACUUGAUUUGGUCCCCAAUGUCUCCUCCAUCGAUAUUACUGGUGUAUGGAAGACAAUGGAUUUUGAAAUUGCUUUAGAGCUCUUUGAAAAAAUGGUUGGGCAUGGUUGUGCACCCAGUACGAACACUUAUGACAAGCUUAUAGUAGGUCUUUGCAAAGAGGGACGCUUGGACGUAGCCCAGAGUUUAUACAGUCAUAUGAGAGAGAGAGGAAUUUCUCCCAGUGAGGAUAUUUAUAAUUCUUUUCUUACUUGUUGCUGUAAGUUGCAAGUGUAUGGAGAGGCAUCAAUAUUUGUGGAUGCGAUGAUUGAGGAUGGUUAUUUACCAACAUUGGAGUCCUCAACUUUGCUUGUAUGUGGGCUUCUUGAUGAAGAGAAGACUGAGAAGGCAAAAGCCGUUUUUCGUACUUUGCUUCGUUGUGGGUAUAACUACGAUGAAGUAGCUUGGAAAGUUCUCCUUGAUGGUUUACUUAAGAGGGGUCUUGUCAAUAUAUGCUCUGAGCUCGUAAGCAUCAUGGAGAAGAUGGGUUGCCAGCUUCAUCCUCAGACAUAUUCGAUGUUGAUUGAGGGAAUUGAUGGACCGUAAAAUACCGAUAUUUGAUGUUGGUGUUUUCUGGGUUUUAAAUCUUUAUCUGUGAGCACUACAAGCAAAGUGAUUUAAAAAAAUUUAUAUUCACAGUGAUUUUGUGUAAGCGCUAUGAAUUGUGAAUACGAGCGUUUACACCUAGUUAUUUAUGUAUCGAGAGAAUGUGACACAGGAUUUGUAGUCUUUCAAGUGUUUUAUUUGCUAUGUGAAUAUGCUUUCUCUUCAUUCAGCGAGUACAUAUAUCAUAUGUUUCUCUGGGAUGAGGACCUUGGCGUUGAGGAUUUUUUGACAAAAAAUGAUAUCUAGCAACUGUUCGGGAAGAGGGACUUGAAAUAUCACAGCUUGCAGUUGGCUGCCAACUCAGAGCCGUAACGUUCAGUCAAUGCAUGCAUGAAGAAAUCAGAAGUGCAGAGGCAAAUUGCUUUUAUGAGUAAGGAAGUCAAAAUUGGGUUGCGUCAACUCUGCACUGCAUCUUGUCUUUAUGGGGAGAUCGAACAAAAAAUGUUUCUGUCAUCGGCUCUGAAUGGUUUAUCAUAGUUUUCAUACAUGGCAUCGCAGAUGACGUUAAGGCAAGUAGCCAAGUAUCAGCCUCUUCAGGUUUUUAACUGUUUGGAAUGGCAAUGAUGACAAAUUGUCUGGUUUGUCACGGUUUGGGUCCUACCCAUCUAUAGCAGGAUAAGCUCACCUUUGGCGUAGAUGUUCCAUGUUGUCACACUUUCCAUCUAUUCAUUUGCACAGAUCUUUAAGGAAAGAUGGAGUUAUGCAGUACAGGAGCUUAACGGUGUUUGGUUGACCCAUAUCAGUUGGUGGCCAUUCUUAUACUCAAGACAAUAGAGACCAGAAAUCUGUCAUUGUGCAUGCAAAUAUCUGGUGCAGAACCAAAGGAGAACCAGCUGGGGGAGCUCAGAAGCGGUUGGAAUCCUACUCAACAGCCUUACCUGGCAUGAUGCAUCUCAAACAAUAUAUAGAACUUUCUGAUGAUACGAUUACGACAGCUGAUUAAAAGUAUUUCAAGUGUGAUUAGGAACUCCUUAACCGAUUGUGAAAUUAAAAAUAUUUCUUCUCCAUAAGCUUCAAGGCACUCCUCAUGAAAACGGCAUAAGCAUUUUUUGUUGUUGCCUCACACAUUUUUCAGUUACAUUUGGGAGAAAGUAUAUUAGCUAAUGCCGUAGCCAAAGGACAUUUUAUUCA